AUGUCACAAUGCGCAGCUGUCAACUUAAUGCCUGAAACACAUCAAAUCACAUCUCUUUUGUCUUGCGCAGGAGAGAUAACAUCAGUGGAUAUUCAGGAUCCCACAGAAAAAAUUGAAUUGGUUGAUCCCAUUGGUCAAGGGUCUUUUGGUCAGGUCUUUAAGGGUCGACAUCUGGAGACUCAUGAAGAACUGGCCAUAAAAGUCAUUGAAACCCUGGACAAGGGUAACGAGGAGGAGAUUUCUAAUGAAAUCAAAAUCCUCAAAAAGGCAUCACGGCACAACAACAUCGUGUCUUUCUAUGGAGUCUUCCAACCACCUGACUCCAUAGAGAAGCCCAUAUGGAUUGCAAUGGAAUUUUGUGGAGGCAGGUCAGUUUAUGAAGUCCUAGAUCAGACAUACACCGGAUCACUUCCUGAAGGAUGUAUUGCCUACAUCUGCCGGGAAGUUUUACAGGGCCUGACCUACCUCCAUAAAACCGGCAUUGCCCAUAGGGAUAUAAAAGCGCUCAACAUCGCGCUUACGGAAGAUGCCGAAGUUCGUAUAAUUGACUUCGGCCUUGCAGUAGAACUAAAAUGGUACCAGUCCAGCACUCAAUUAGCAGGAACACCGCAUUUCACCGCCCCUGAGGUGUGGACUGGUGCACGUUACAAAUUUGAGGUAAGACUUCAGUGGUCAAAUUGCCCCUUGUGCCUUAGCUUUUUAUUCAGCCCCCCAUUUAUAUUCCAUAUUCUAUGGUUGGCAGAGGAUGUGAGCGCGCUGUCACGUUUAGGGGCUGUAACGAUUGGAAGAUGCAUCGUUUUCGAUGAUCCACCAACGUUUAGGAAACCAGACAUAUGUAUAUAUAAUAUUGUAAUUCCUUUUUCCAGGUCUGAAGCAUUUAAUUCAUUUUUAAAGCUCUGUCUCACUAAGAAGCAGAGAGACAGACCAAAGGCCAAAGCUCUAAUUCAGCAUCCUUUUGUAAAAGACCUUCAAAAUGAGGCUGAGGCCAAAGAAGAGCUCAGAGUUCUCAUCCGCAGAGCAAAUACGAUCAGAGCCUGCGAAAAAGGUAAGGGGUUUGUCCAUUUUCUGUAUUAAUUAUUAUUUGAUUAUUACAAAUAUUGGGGCUCAUUUUUAAAGUUUGCACAGAAUUAUUCCCACGUACAUAGUUGCCCUGCCCAUGUUUAUAUUUAAAAAGCUGGCCAAGAUUGGUACAUUUAGGGGCUGAUUUA